UCCCUAACACAUAUACAUCUAUCCCUUGCCCUAGCCUACCCCAAGCUAACCGAUUCUGAGGAGCCAAACCUCGACAUCUCCAAGGCUCCUUCACCGCCGACCCAGCAAGAUGGCUAGUAGGCAUAUGCGACUCGCAGCCAUCCACCGGGCAGUUUUGGAAGGCGAUCUAAAUCGAGUCAACCGCCUGAUCACUGUUAACAGAGCCUGCCUGGAUGCUCAGAAUGCCUCAGGCUCAACGCCUCUCAUGUUGGCCUCACUUUACGGCCAUGUUCGGAUCGUGAUUGCCCUCAUUGGCAAGAGAGCCCAGGUGGACAUAAAAGACAACAAGGGGAAGAUCGCGGCCAAUUACGCCGAGCGAGGAUCCUUUGCGACAUCACUGUUCCGCCGAUACAAGGCACACUUCCGACCACUUGCAACCCCCCAAGUCUUCCAGAGGAACCGGGAAGAGAUAUUCAAGUUUCUGUCCGACGCCUCAGCCUUUCGCAGAAUCAACCAGGACCGGGUCCCUUCUCUUCCAAUGCUCUACAAGGAACACAAUCGGCUGAUUGUGCUGAAGCCUAUUGGGUUGGUUAAAUACAAGCAGGACCUGACCCGCACAACCGUGGCCUAUAUAUCCUCUGGCAGGGGUGUAAAGCCGCAAAUGUGUGCGGUGAGCGGCUGGUCCCCCCACGAUAACCAUAUACCUGGUGUUCUAGAAAACGCCACCUACACCCGACUCGUUAAGGAAGCUUGUGCUUUUCUUGGCUUCAGACUCCAACGUUUCUGGCGGGACAAUGGAGAGGAUGGGCUGUGGCAUGCAUGCCACUGCGAAAAGAAACUCACCAUGUACUGGGUCAUGAAGCAGAUCCGAUAUGCCUUUGGGUCUGACGAUCCGACUCGCAUGCGGGACUUGAAAGGCCUCAAUCUUCCCGACGACAGAAAGGUGGCGUCCAUAUAUCUAGACCACCUGCCUUGUAUGGAUUGUGUUCUCUUCGUACAUGAGAUCUACAAGGCUACAGGUAUCGAUAUCGUCCUCUUCACUCGCCCCUUCGUCCAGCUUGGGUCGCGCAAAGCCAUCAAUGGCUACUGCUCCAACUGCUCCUGCAAGGAAUGCAGGGCAAGGCAGCAAGAGAAGGGACAGGAUAAGAAGGAGAAACGCCUCCAGCAACCCCUCCCAAACGCUCCCAAGAUUGCCGUUCCUGAUAAUGACAGGGCUAGCUCGAAUGGGUUUCUUCAUGAGCUUGGCGGGAGCGAGGACGAGGGUAGGUCUAACUAUGCCCAGGACGAUGAACAAGGGUUGGGCGCAGAUACUGGCAGCUGCGGAGAAGAUAAUGCCAUAGCUGCAGUGCCAACAACCUGUUGUGAAGGCGCGGGCGCAAGCGCAGAUCGUCGGCCCCUUCCAAAAGCAACCCCAGGUUAUUGGGUCAUGCAUGAUGGAUAUUGGCUUGAUUCUAACUACCGCAAUCCCCUUCCUGGCGGCCCUGUCGAGCACUUGGACCCGACUAAGCCGCAGGCCAGGCCCUUGGGACAGGAGUACAGAUUCGGCCGCCAUCGCCAACCUUCUCUCGUCGACCAGAGCCCGGCAUUCGGUUCGCCUGGCCCAGCCUCCCAACUUGCUCAGCAGGGAUUCAGGCCCAGCCCAUACUCGCAACGCGAGCCGUCCAGCUAUCCCGACCCUGUGUCGUACCAGGACGGCCACUCGGGCUACUUCGACUCGAUUGAGGUCGCGCCCCGCCGGGCAACUCCGCGCCUCUUUGGACGCCGUACCUCCAGGGCCCCACGCACCCCCUCCGUCCGCGAACUGUCGGUGGCCAGCGGCUCGUUGUACUCGCCGAGCAUCCACCACGCCCGGACCUCACGGCCAAAGAGGGUCCUCCGUGACACCAUUGCCAACCUCCGGCUGCAAGACCGGUACGCGUACAAGGAGCCGAAGCAGAGGCAGAAGCAGAAGCAGAAGCCGAAGCCGAAGCCGCGGUCGCAGCCAGCUCCGGAGCCGGAGCCGCAACAACAGCCACCACCACCCAACCGCCAAUCCGCCUCUCCCGCUCCGCCGAAGGCCAAGCCCGCCGCCCCGCCAAAGCCCGCAACCAAAGCCGCCUCCACGCGCAAGCCAGCCAAAGCGGCCCCUCGCAAGACCAAGACCGCCACGGCCGCCGCCGCAGGAGCUGGAACGGGAACGAAACCGCCCCGCCCGAAGAAGCGACAGUCCCGCCGCCGCGCCGCCGCCGCCUCGUCGCGCGAGGGGGUCAUCGCCGCCAAUAGCACCCUGGUGGCCAACAUCCGGUACCGCCGGCUGCGGAAGGAGGCGCAGCGGGCGGCGAGCGCGUCUGCGCCGCCGCCGCCUCCUCCAGCCGUGGUUCGGCGGCGUUCUGCAGGGGGGUUUGCCCGUGGGGAGGAGGAUGAGGUUGGGGUGGUGUGAUUUUUGUGGGUUGCUUGUGCUUUCGCCAGGUCUUGUCUACACUGCUGCUGCCGAAUUGUUUGGGUCGGGUCGGGUUUUGCGGUGGGGGACUGUUUGGAUGGGGAGAGGGGUGGUUUCUUUCUCGGAAAGAAAGAUGAGGUCUUAAUCGCCCCCGGGGUCCCCUCUUUUCUCACCGUCACCGUCACCGACUCGCCGAGCUACCCCUUUUAUCGCCGCCAUCGACUCGGCUGCAGAUGAAGGACGACGCUUUACAUGGCGCGAGGGGAGUGGAGCGUUUUCCUUUUUUAUCUUUGUUGUACUGAUGACAACGCAUCUUUUCUUUUCUUUUCCUUUUUCCCACUGUUGAUGGGGUUGACUGUGGAUUUUGCUUUCAGGGGCUCGGCCCCCACCCGAGACCUCUCUCCGACGACACGGAGCUUGUGAAGCGGUCACGCGACUAGUAUGGGCCCCGA